AUGCUUGAUGUAUAUUAAGAAGCAAUUGAAUGUUACAAUGAAGCAAUAUCUAUUAACCCAAAAUAUGCUUAAGCUUGGAAUAAAAAGGGUAACACAUUAAGUGAUUUGAAAUAAUAUGAAGAAGCAAUUGAAUGUUACAAUAAAGCAAUAUCCUUUAACCAUAAAUAUGUUGAUGCAUUUUGUAAUAAGGGUUUUGCAUUAGGAAAUUUGAAUUAAUAUGAAGAAGCAAUUGUAUUAACCCUAAAGAUGUUGAUGCAUGGUGUGGCAAGGGUAAUGCAUUAUCAAUUAAUUUUAGCGAUGCAGAAAGAUCAAAAGGUGGCAUAACAAUUUUUUACCUUUAUUUAAGAUCAAUAAUGA